AUGCAGACGUUCGCGGACGUGGCGCGCGAGUGCCUGGAGCAGCGCGACGACGCGUGGCGGCGCCUGCGCCAGGCCGAGACGGAGUGGAAGCAGCAGGCGCGCGACUUCGAGGAGGAGCGGGCGUUCGCGCGCGACGAGACGGGCCGCCAGGCCGCCAACAACGCCGAGCUCACCGCCAAGCUCAACGGGCUGGCCGGCCAGCUGCGCGAGCGCGACAUGCAGGUGGCGAUGUUCGCGGAGGAGGUGCGGCAGUGCCGCUGCGAGUGGGACAACGCGCUCAAGCAGAUGCGCAGCCGCGAGUCGGAGCUGCAGGAGCGCGCGCAGCUGCUGUGCUCGGAGCGCGACCACCUGGCGCUCGAGGCGCAGGGCCGCGCGGGCCGCUGCGCCGCGCUCGAGUCGGAGCUCUCCGCGCUCAAGGAGGCCCUCUCGCGCUCACAGGUAUUGCGACUGCCUGUACUCAAUUCUGCGCCCAGCUGUUGGCGCGAGCAGGACACGAAGAUCCGCUCGCUCAUCGACCUGGCCGCCAAGUACCGCGACCAGCGCGACGAGACGUGUAAAAAUGACGUGGAGGACCUGAAGCGGCGCCAGGAGACGGAGCUGCUGCUGAAGAAGGCGCGCAUCGAUGAGCUGGAGGACGAGGUGCGCGCCUGCCGCGCCACCAUCGCCUCCCUCAACCACGACCUGGACGCGCUGCGCCAGAAGAACAAGGACUACGAGGCGGAGGUGGCGCUGCUGCGCGCGGAGGCGGAGCGCGCGCGGCAGGCGGGCGCGGCGGGCACCUCGGAGAAGGACGCGCGCAUCGCGCAGCUGCACCAGGAGGUGCGCCACUGCCGCGCCAAGAUCAAGGCGGCGGCGCAGCGCAGCGCGCAGCUGGACGAGCGCUCGCGCCAGACGGAGCAGGCGCUCUCCACGGAGCGCGCCGAGCGCGACCGCCGCGAGCAGGACGUGCGCGCGCUGCUCGAGGUGGCCGAGGUGGGGGCGUUCGCGGUGGAGAUGCUGCGCUUCCGCAGCGAGUGGGCGGAGCUGAUGCGCGUCGCCAUGGAGCGCGGCGCCAUGCUGGCCGACCUCGCCGACCAGCUCAAGGGGCUCGGCGUGCAGCCCGCCGCCUGUGAGCACUUUGCC